ACUAUUUUGUAGUUAUUGUGAGUGAAAAAAAAACGUUCUCUCGAGUCAUGAAUUUGGAUAUUCAAACCAUGAGGAAAAGUGCUGUGAUUUAGCUAUUAGCUCACGGGCUAACCUCAAAAUCAUAACAAAAGUCUACUUUUACCGAUAAUACUUACAGAAAGACAGUUCAGCAUUCAGCGGUGCCACACAAAUGAUGGGAGGGAGACGAAGAAUAAAUGCAAGCCACUUCAAUAUUGUAAGGUUGUCCAGUCGAUUAUCGAGUGCUGUACAAUCAAGUGUCAACAACGGCAACUCCCUUCUCAUUUUAUCCAUCGAAAUGGCGAAUAAACAAAACUCCCAAAAGAGCGUCAAGAUAGCAGCAGGAGCAGUGGUGUGUGUUGAAAGUGAGAUUAAAGGAGAUGUUACUAUUGGCCCAAGGACAGUGGUCCAUCCAAAAGCGCGAAUAAUUGCAGAAGCUGGCCCCAUUGUGAUUGGAGAAGGGAAUUUGAUCGAGGAACAAGCCGUCAUUAUUAACAGUUACCCUGAAAAUAUCACACCAGAUACUGAAGUGGAACCAAAGACGAUGACCAUUGGCAUUAAUAAUGUAUUUGAAGUUGGCUGUUUGUCACAAGCCCUUAAAAUUGGAGACAACAAUGUUAUAGAAUCAAAAGCUGAUGUAGGUAGGAAUGUCAUCCUAACCAGCGGCUGCAUCAUUGGGGCUUUCUGCCAGGUGAACACCUGUGAGGUCAUACCUGAGAACACAGUCAUCUAUGGCUCUGGAUGUAUGAGGCGGGUGCAAACUGAGAGGCCACAGCCUCAAACACUGCAGCUCGAUUUUCUAAUGAAGAUUUUGCCCAACUAUCAUCACUUGAAAACCAUCAAGGCCAGCCAUAAUUAAACUGUUGAAAGCCUUAAAAGUUGGAAAUGUGAAUAGCAAAAUGAAGUUUUACAAGAUUAAAUAACAUGUCAAUGUAUAUAUUAUUGAACAUUUAUUGUCAUCAGUACUUUUCCUAACUGGUAUUUUCUAAAGACCGUAACCACAAAAGAUAGCAGAGCGUUUACCCAUAUCCUG